AUGAAUUCCCCUCCUGCCUCACCGGGCGACACCAUCAAGUCGGAGCCAGACUAUGGUGACUACAUCGAUGACCUGGAUUUGAACGUGGCCGAAUGCGAGUACCGCGACCUCUACACAGCUCCAGACGGCUCCUACCUCCCCAUCACCAUCGGAGAACUGCUCAACGGGCGCUAUCUUGUCGAGCACAAACUUAGCUGGUCGGGCCGCUACACCCUCUGGCUCGCGCGCGACCUUGACAACGACCGGUUCGUCACCCUCAAGGUCUUUGUCGACGGAGAUCACGGCCAGCAUGAGCUUUGCAUCGCCGGGAGGAUAAGAAAGAGGUGCAACAAGCCUGCCAGCCGAGCUGCCCUCGCGCUUCCCUGCGACCGGUUUAUCUGGAGCCCCUCGGGAGUCGCCGGCGUCGACCAUGCUAUCCUCGUCCUGCCUCCGAUGGGCCCAAAUCUCGACGACUCUCUUGACACUUGCCUCAAGAAGAGUUUACAACAACGCAUGUCGGCGGCAAAGCAGCUCCUCGUCGCCCUCAAAGGGCUGCAUGAAAUGCGCAUCGUGCACGGAGACCUGAACCCCGAGGCCGUCACCUGGAACGUAUCUCCCAUCCUGAAGACGACAAGGGAUCAAUUCUACCAUUUGGUGGGCAGGCCUCGCAAGGUCUACCUCGAGCCGUCCAGCAAUAACCACUACAAGGAAGGAGACUUGGUCGAACCGAUCGCCUUUCCACCAGACAUCGUCGAAGGAACUAUCCGCCUCGGUAACUUCCACAGCUCCAUCCAAGCCGGGGAGCCUGUUGCCAACACAGCAGAGCAGGAGUUCCAGUACUGCGCGCCCGAGAGGAUGCACAACGUCCAGCCCAGCUUCGCCAGCGACAUGUGGUCCUUCACGUACCUCUUCGCCCAGCUCUAUGCGGACGAUGGCGAGCCUCUGUUUGGCGGUCGGGGCCCCGGUCACAUUGGGUCCAUGAUCUGCCACCUCGGUCAGUUCCCAAAGGAGUGGAGGGGACAGUAUGUGGGCGCGUGCUGCGAUUUCGACGGGUUCUACGGCAAGCACGAUGGUAUUGGUCAGGCCCAGGACUGGUGGUACAAGGAUGAUCUUGAUCCGUAUCGGCUGGACUUUGAGCCGCACCUGAACACGCCCUUGGAGGACGCGCUCGAGCGCCGAAAGCCCGACAUAACCUGGGGCGAGAUGCAGCUGAUGCUGUCCAUCCUGCGCAAGGGCUUCCACUACGACCCCAAGAAGCGCAUCACAGCGGCGCAUCUCUUGGCGAACCCUGACUUCAAGACUCUCAUGGACAUGUACGGCGUUUGA